AAUGAAAGGUUUGUGAGCGACAGGAAAGCAGCACUGAGGGAGCGCAUUCCAGCCCUCCGGCCCCACCGGGCUACACAAUACGGGGCGGGAACUGCACUGGAUAUUUAACAAAUCAGUUAUCUUAACUCUAACAUCAGAUCGGAUCUUGCUUAUCAAGAGUGAAUCCGAGGAAAGGGGAUUGUUUAUAGAGGAACGGAAGACUGAGAGCCUGAAAGUCCGGCUGCAUGAGCUCCACUUUGCCGCUUCCAUUUUAUCAGUUUGGAAGAUUGAGCUGAAGAUACCGCGCCUUGUCCACUCUUGUCCAUUUCUUCUCCAGAGCUUCAUUUCUUACUCUGCGUUCAUUUUUUCCACAAAAUGAAGUAGAACUAAAGGCUGUGGAACUGAGACUGGUUUAUUUCAACUCGGCUUUAUUGUUUUAAAAAGUUUUGUCACCGACGCUGAGCAGCAGGAGGAGGAGGAGGACUGAUGUGGUGGUGGUGAAGAUCCAGGAGCAGCUCUACGAGGCGUUUUUAAUCUGCUGGAAAGGGGGGAGAAAAGUCUAAAGUUAUUUUACUUAACCAGGAUCAGUAGUAGUAUGUGUCUUAAAAGUGCUGUUUCGUGAGCAGAUGGAUUAUUGAAAGGAUAAGGAAAGGAAGAGGAGAUACGAGGAGCAAAUCUUGAGAGAUGGAGGCUUCUGCAGGAUUCCUGCUGCUGCUCACUUCGAUGGCUUUAAGUCUAAACACAGUUCACUCCGCCCAAAGCAAAAGCAGAAGGGUGAACUGUGCGUGUGAGGAUGUGUACACAGACACCUGUAUAGGGUAUGUCUGCUUCUUCAUAUGGAACAAUGGGCAUGUUACGAGGGGCAGCUUUGAGAAGGAGCAAAUGGAGCAGUGCAUCGUCGGUGGGAUUAACAACGUGUUCGUCGAGUGUUGCUACACCGACUACUGCAAUGCCAACCUAACAUUACCUGUAAAACCAGAGAAGCCAGUAGAAGAACCUACUGUGAUCGUCCUGGUUGCCGUGCCUCUGCUGGUGCUGUUUUUGUUAUCCACAGCAGUGUGCGUCUUUGUGUUGUGGCUUCGCUCCAAACGACAGCACCACCAUCUGCAGGAACAUGACCCCCCCAUGCUUAAACUGCCCAGUGGAGGAGACCCAACUUAUGGGGAUAUUUUUGACGAGUUUUGCACAUCAGGCAGUGGGACUGGCCUGCCUUACCUGGUGCAGAGGACCGUGGCUCGGCAGAUCUCCUUAGUGGAGUGUGUCGGUAAGGGGCGUUAUGGAGAGGUGUGGAGGGGAACGUGGAUGGGGGAGAACGUGGCUGUGAAAAUCUUCUCAUCUCGAGAUGAACAGUCCUGGUUCAGAGAGAGUGAAAUCUACAACACUGUUCAAUUAAGACAUGAAAACAUCUUGGGAUUCAUUGCUUCAGACAUGACAUCGAAGAACUCCAGCACUCAGCUCUGGCUGGUGACUCAUUUCCACGAAUUGGGCUCUCUCUAUGACUACCUGCAGUGCAUCAAAUUGAAACCGGAGGAAUGUUUGUGCAUGUGCCUGUCAAUAGCCAGUGGCCUGGUGCACCUUCACACAGAAAUCGUCACCAAACAGAGCAAGCCAGCCAUCGCCCACCGUGACCUCAAAAGCCGCAACAUCCUGGUGAAGAGGAAUGGGCAAUGCUGCAUCGCUGACCUGGGCCUGGCUGUCACUCAUUCUCAGUCCAACGACUACCUGGAUGUAGGGAACAACCGACGGGUGGGCACCAAACGCUACAUGGCCCCUGAGGUCCUAGACGAAAGUAUCCGUGUGGACAUCUUUGAAUCAUACAAGCAGACUGAUAUCUGGGCUUUGGGACUGGUUUUGUGGGAGAUCACCCGUCGAACCACUGUAAAUGGAAUUGAAGAGGAGUAUCGCCCGCCUUUUUUCGACGUGGUGCCCUCCGACCCCAGUUUUGAAGAUAUGAAGAAGGUGGUGUGUGUGGACCAGUACAGGCCGUGUCUUCACAACCGACUGCACUCCCAUCCGAUUCUGUCUGCUAUAGCUAAAAUUAUGAAGGAGUGCUGGUUCCAGAGUCCCUCAGCUCGCCUCACUGCCCUGCGUGUGCGUAAGACCCUGGCAAAGCUGGACCAAGACCAAGACUGCAGCACAGACAAACUCAAAUUGGAUGUCUAGAGGUCUGCUCCUGCUUAAUGGACACAAGUUGCAGAACAGGUGCCAGAACCUCUCUUAGCCUCUUGUGUCUUUUAAGAGCAGCAUCUGCCCUGAGUUGAUUCCUGGUGCUUCAGCCGAGGAGGCCAUAAAGCUGAUGGACUGACUGAACUCAGAGCUGUUCUUCUCCUCUGGACUGCAAUAUUGCCUUUGAAGGAUUUACUGCGUUUUUCAGCACAGUGACUCAGUUGCAAGUGAAAGUAAGCCAUGGCUGAAAGUACUCCUUUGGGUCGAGAGAUUUGCACAUGUUUUUUCUGUCAGUGUGUUUUUUAUGAAUGUGUUUGUCAGGAUAUGAGCCAUACUGGACUUCCCAGUGGAGGAGUUUCCUGAAAUUCCUUCAUGAUUUUGUCUCCCUCCUCCUCUUAGGUUCUGAAUGUCUUAAAUGAGGACACCAUGUACUUUGUUCCACCAUGUACAUUUUAUCCAUUCCAUAGUCAUGAUGGAAACAUUCACAAUGACUAUAUCUUAAAUACAUAUCCAUGGAUACAUAAUACUCAAGCAAUAUUCAUUCGAAUGUAAGACUUAUACUGUAUCUUAUUGCUAAAUAAUUAUGUUUCAGACUAGAGGAUAUUUUAUACUCUAUAUCCAGAGCAUGCAAUAUAUACAUGUCGUCCACAGGGCAAUUUGGUGCCCCUUAGCGACUGCUUAUACCACUUAUGGUCAUGGGUAUAACUAUUAAUGUCUCUCUUAUUAUAGUAUAUUUUAUAUAAGACUUCAUUUGUACUAUUUUUACACAAAAACAAAUAUAAUUCUCACCCAAAAUUACAAAAAAAUAAAUAUAUUUUGGUUAUUCAA